AUUGGAUGUUGUUGGAGUGCAGGACUGAAUGUUUGCGUUACAGUAGUAGAAGUUAAGGUAUGCAUUUUUGUGAUGGCAUGGUGUGUAGGAUGUUACUUUUCAGAUUUUAGAUGUUAUUUGACUGUAUCCUGACGAUUUAUCAGUUUGUCAAUGUGUUCAUAUUUCAUAAAGUCGAAGAAAGCUGUAAUGCAUCAUUUUAACUCAUUCUGCUGUAUUUCACGGCAGACCACUAAAAUGUAGUCCCAUGCGGUCAACACCCUCCGUAGUUUCUUUAAGCAUCUGAAAGUUCAGAAGUAUUUGUUUUUACGUCAGCGGUUAUUUGUUCAAAGCAGACCGUCUUCAGUAACCAAGCAGCUAAGCUAAAAGUACUGUUUGUUUAUAACCAAUGGAGACCAAUCAGCCGGCCACCUCACCUCUCUAAGGAUAUUGUCCUUAAACCGAGUGAAAGUCACAAUGGUUUGCACGCCUACAUAUUUGUUUGUGUAGAUCUUACUUCGGAAAAAUCAGAACUCAUGGGUAUCGAAAAAACCGAAUUUGGGGUGAAAUAUUUCUGCCAAAACUUGCCGAAGCUAGAGUUGCACGCUCAUCUUUCUGGUAGCAUCAGCAGAAUUUUUUUGAAGCAUGAAGCGGUCGUCUACCGUAAAGUUCAGUGUGCUAGUCUACUCUGCGAAGAAAUUUUUGAAAAUGGGCUUGAUGCGUGUUUCGACUCCUUCCAUAUCAUUCACGAACUAAUCAGAUCCCCAGAAGUUUUGGAAAGGGCAACAACUUCUGUUGUUGAAGAAUUUCAUCAAGAUAAUGUUAUCUUUUUGGAGUUGAGAACUACUUUACGACCACUACCAACGCAUCUUGCCUAUUUGAAUGCAGUCAUCAAUGGCAUACAAAAUGCACCAAGUGUAAUUAGUGGGAAGAUAUGCGUGAGAUUAUUACUGUCUAUAGACAGGUCGAAAAGUAUCGAUGAGGCAUUCAUCACCUUAAACUUGGCCAAAGAUAACUACUCUAAUGGACUGAUAUCAGGUAUUGAUCUCAGUGGAAACCCAUCUGUAGGAAGUUUAUGCGAUUUCAUUCCAAUUCUAAAUGCAGCUCGUUCUCAUGGUUUGAAAACUACCGUACACAUUGCUGAAAUAGCCGACCAGAGUGAAGAUUGGUGUAAAUUUCUUAGACAGCACUUACCAGAUCGACUAGGACAUGGAACAUUUUUAACCAAUUCAGAUCUGAAUGCUGUGGCAGCAAAACAAAUUGUACUAAAUUCUCGAAUACCUUUAGAAUUAUGCCUUACAUCGAAUGUUAAAUCGAAAACUAUUGAAAACUAUGAAUCUCAUCAUAUCAACUAUUGGUGGAUGAAAAAUAAACAUCCAAUUUGCAUUUGUACUGAUGAUAAAGGCUUAUUUAAUUGUACACUGUCAGAAGAAUUCCAACUGGCUAUUGAACAUUGUAAACUAGACAGACAACAAGUAUUUGAAAUAUUAUACAAUUCUGUUGAUAUGGCAUUUUGCUCUGAAAGUAUCAAACAUCAACUUUCACAGAAAAUAAAAGAAUUUUCUGAUAAUUUAAAUGCAUCAGACAAAAGUGAUAAUGACUUGUGAGAAUUUCUUAAUCAAUUAAAAAAAAAAACUGUUUAUAUA